CGCUCCCGUCACGAGCAGAGGAAGGGGAAAUCGUUGAAAAUCCCAUUCAGUACCUUAUGCAUCCUUUUAAACAAAACGGGGAAAAAAGUGUUUUUUUUUCUUCCUUUUCCUCAGCACUUCGGCUACAGACAGGCAGACAACGUUCACCUGAGUUUUUCCCCCUAACUCCAUCCAAGGAUCUUCAUUCAAAUCACCUUCUCCACUAAGAGUCUGUUAAAGCCAAUCCGUAUUUUUGGUUUUUUUUCCCAAAAAAAAAAAAAAAAAAAAGGUAGAGAAACUCAGGUCAAGCUUCUGCACUUCUGGUCUGGAGAUCUGGAGAUGAAGACAGACUUUACGCUGUUCUGUCGGACUUGGAUUGGACUAGCAUACGCCUCAGGUCUGGUGAUAGGCUUUUCUAUGACUCCACCCGUCCUCGACAGCCCCAAAAACGAACUAGUGAUUCCAGCCCACACAACGCUCACUCUCACAUGCAGGGGAUAUAACACUCUGGCCUGGGCCUGGCCUGAUGGGACUCUGGUUGGACAAGAGCUAACCUACCGUCACUCCCAGCUGCCGUCCAUCUCGGCCCCCGGGCAGAGGGUAGCUUUAGUCACUGAGUGCCCGGGGCAGUCUGGGAGGCCGUACUGCAAGAGGCUUGUCCUGAAUGCGGCACAGGCUAAAGACACAGGCUACUAUCACUGCUCUUAUAAGGAUGCCAAGGCCAUCGUUGACGGCACCACUGCCGUCAGCAUUUAUGUCUUUGUCAGGGACUCAGAGCAGCCCUUCCUCAACAGCGGCAGCCUGGAGACCAUUUUCAUCACACACCACUCCACGAAUGUAAUAGUGCCAUGCCUGGUCACAGUGCCUGAUCUGAAUGUCACCCUCUACACGGUGUCUACCAGUCCCAAGCCUCUGGAGAAGAACGGGAUGAGAUGGGACAACAAACAAGGCUGGUCUAUCCCCAGAACCAUCGUAGACAGCAAUUUUCUACUUGGAUUUUUUUGUGCGGCCACACUGGGAGGCAAACAGUACCAAUCUUCCAACUACCUGUUCCACAUUACAGGAAGUCAGGUUUACGAUGUCAAGCUGUUUCCUGAGGAGCCAGUACAGCUGAUAGUGGGGGAGGCCCUCACCCUGAACUGCACAGCGAUGGUGGAGUUCAACACAGGGGUGGACAUCCAGUGGUCUUACCCGGGCAAGCAGAUGAACAGUUUGGUGCAAACUAACACCCAGCGUGAACCUCUGCCUCAAGCCACAGCUGCUUUUAGCAUCCUGACCAUCCACAGUGUCAAUGUCACAGACUCCGGCUCGUACACCUGCAAUGUUUCCAGCAUGGACGCAACAUAUACCCAACAAAGUCAAGUCAUAGUUCAUGAAAGGCCAUUCAUCCUCCUCGACUACAGAACUGGACCCGUUGUGGAGGUAACUGCUGGCCAGAAGUCGUACAAAAUACAAGUAAAUGUCUCUGCCUUCCCCACACCUGAAACGCAAUGGUAUAAAGAUGGAAAGCUGAUAACCCAGCGCCCAGAAUUCAAGAUGAAAAGGAUAAAAAUGCACCUUAACCAUGCUUUGGAGAUUAAGGAUGUUUGUCAGGAGGAUUCUGGGCUGUACGCUGUGGUUCUGAAAAACAAUGCUGCUGGGCUGGAGAGGAAGCUCAACAUCACACUUGUUGUCAAUGUCCCCCCACAGAUUCAUGAAAAAGAGGUGGCAGAUCCAUCCAGCCCUUACCCCAGUGGAAGCAGCCAGACGCUGACGUGUACCGCCUACGGUGUCCCCAUUCCCAACAUCAGCUGGCAGUGGAGGGCCUGGGGCCCCUGUGUCCUCAACAGCACCCAAAGAAGACUGGCCCGACGAGACCGGAAGAGUCGGAGUGACAGGAUCUCAGACUGUCAAAACUGGCAGGACAUUAACUCGGAAAAUGCGAUGAAUGAAAUCGAACCGAUUGAGUCGUCUCUGGAAGUGGUGGAUGGACGAGAAAAGAGAGUGAGCAGACUUCAGAUUCGCAACGCCAGUGUUUCCGUCAUGUACAAGUGUUCUGCUGAAAACAAAGCGGGCAAAGAUGAGCGGCUGAUCUACUUCUAUGUAACCACGAUCCCUGAGGGCUUCAGUGUGGACGUUCAGCCUUCUGAGUAUCCCCUGGAGCAGGAGAAAGUGUCUCUCCUUUGCAGUGCUGAUAAUUACACCUAUGAGCAGCUGCAGUGGCACCGCCUGGACCCUCAGGCCCUGCAGGACAAGGAGGGUAAGCCCCAGGAGCUGGACUGCAGGAGCGUGCACCUCUAUGCUAAUCCUCUCCCUGGUGAGCUCUCCUUCCAGGAGUCCUCCAACAGCUGGGUCUUGGAUUUCACCAUUGACUCCAUACAGCUGCAGAAUGAGGGACAUUAUGUAUGUGAGGCUCAAAGCAGACGCAGUGGGGAGAAACAGUGCCUGUUCCGAUACAUCUCUGUCAAAGCCCUGGAGGCACCACGCUAUAAGCGCAGCCUCACCAACCAGACAGUGAAUGUGACUAAGUCUCUGAAGAUGGAGUGCGAUGUGGAGGGUAGACCUCUGCCCCGACUCUUCUGGUUCAAAGACAACCAGCCUCUCCACCAAAUGUCAGGGAUCCAGCUGCAGGACUCAAACCGCACGCUGAGUAUCCAGCGGGUCAGAGAGGAGGAUGCCGGUCUUUACACCUGCACCGCCUGCAACCAGCGUGGUUGCGUGAACUCCUCGGCCGCCGUCAGCGUCAUCGGGUCAAGUGACAGGGCCAAUGUGGAGAUUGUAAUUCUCAUUGGGACUGGAGUCAUCGCAGUUUUCUUCUGGGCCUUGCUCAUCCUCAUCUUCUGCAAUGUGAAGCGGGUUAACCCAGCAGACAUAAAGACGGGUUAUCUGUCAAUCAUUAUGGACCCGGGGGAGGUGCCACUGGAUGAGCAGUGUGAAUACCUGCCCUAUGACUCAUCACAGUGGGAGAUCUCCAGAGACAGGCUCCGGCUAGGAAAAGUUUUAGGGCACGGUGCCUUUGGAAAAGUAAUUGAAGCGUCAAUCUACGGCAUUAGCAAGAGCAAAAGUUUGGACACGGUGGCUGUCAAGAUGCUGAAGGACGGAGCCACGGCCAGUGAGCACAAAGCUUUGAUGUCAGAGUUAAAGAUACUGAUUCACAUCGGCAACCACCUGAACGUAGUGAAUCUGCUGGGAGCCUGCACCAAACCAAAUGGCCCACUGAUGGUGAUUGUGGAAUACUGCAAGUAUGGGAAUCUCUCCAACUUCCUACGAGCCAAGAGAGAGUUCUUCCUCCCUUACAGGGAUCGCUCUCCAAAAACCCAGAGCCAGGUGAGGCGGAUGAUUGAAGCGGGUCAGAUGGACCAAAGCACUCGUAGGCCACCCUCUCCAUCCGCCUCCCCGCUCACCUCUCCCCAGAGUCCAUCAUCCAAUCCCUCCAGUCAGACUCCUGCAGUUGAGAAAAUGGAGGACUUGUGGAAAACUCCUCUGACGAUAGAAGAUUUGAUUUGCUACAGUUUCCAGGUGGCUCGUGGGAUGGAGUUCCUGGCCUCCAGAAAGUGUAUCCACAGAGACCUGGCUGCCCGGAACAUUCUCCUGUCAGAGAACAACAUCGUAAAGAUCUGCGACUUUGGCCUGGCCCGAGACAUAUACAAAGACCCCGACUAUGUCAGGAAGGGCAACGCUCGGCUGCCUUUAAAGUGGAUGGCUCCAGAGAGCAUCUUUGACAAAGUUUACACCAGCCAGAGUGACGUGUGGUCCUUUGGAGUUCUCCUUUGGGAAAUCUUUUCCCUCGGUGCCUCUCCGUACCCGGGGGUACAGAUUGAUGAAGAGUUUUGCAAGCGUUUGAAAGAAGGUGUCAGGAUGAGAGCACCGGAGACUGCCUCUCCUGAAAUAUAUGGCAUCAUGCUGGCCUGCUGGCAGGGCGAGCCCAAAGAGAGGCCCACCUUCCCCGCCCUGGUCCAGAUCCUGGGAGACCUGCUGCAGGACAACAGUCUACCCGAUGGGAAGGACUACAUCCCUUUGAACCACUCACAGAACUCAGAAGAUGAUGGUUUCUCUCAGGCCUCGUCACGCCCGCCAUCUGAGGAGGAACUGAGACUCGCUUGCAACACAAUGCCCACAAGGUAUUAUAAUUGUGUGCCCUUUGCCGGCUGUGUAUUUUUGGGGCCCUCCAAAAUAUGCCAGCCCAGAGUGAAGACCUUUGAAGAGUUGCCCCUUGAGCUGCAUCCACAGAAACCUCCUCAAGACAACCAGACUGACAGCGGGAUGGUUCUGGCCUCUGAAGAAUUCGAGAGAAUUGAGCACAACCACGGGGGUGUCGUCACGAAAAGUCGUGUAAACAGUAGCAGCAGCACAGAGCCUCUGACAGCCUCCCAGAAUUCCCCGGAUCAAAGCCAUGACACUGGCAGCUCCAGGCCCCGGCCCAACUUCUUCAGCCAGCUGUCGGGUCAGACCUUCUACAACAACGAGUACGGACAUCUGUCCGAGGAGGGCUUCUGCGACUUCUACUCCUCGCCAGCCACCGCCUCCCCGGCCUCUUUGAAUGUGUAAUUUUACCAAAGAUUCAUAUAAAAAGGGGUUUAAAGAUGGACAGCUGAGGUUGAGGUUUGCAGUAAAAUCUCAGUAUCGACAUGUAACUACUUCCUCGUGACUGAAGAUCAGGUUUUCAAUUCUCAUGAUUGUUUCUCCUCAUCUCAAAAUCCGUCCUCCCUCAGACUGUCGCCUCAACAAAUGGACUGAGCUACAUGUGCCUGAAGUUUCUCUAACCAGCCACUGCGUGGCAGCAUUAUGACAAAAACCAACCCACAAGUAUUUUCUAUUUACACAUAUAUAUUUUUAUCUUUUAUAUACAGAGUAUUCUUCCUUUAUUUGUGCAAAUUAUGACUCAUA